AUGUCAAGGUGUAUAAGAAUCUUAUCUCAGACGGCAAUGUAUCUCCAAUCACACAAACAUUCGCACAGGGAAACCACUUCAAAGUAUUGUUCCCCGAGAUAUUAUUCUCCAAAGGCCAAGCCUGCAAGCAUUUUAUUACCAGACUCCAAUUUACCAGAUGCGAAAUUUGCCAAAUACGAGUUUUACGAAAAGAAAAAUUCUUCAUUAUCCAAACAACAAACACAAAAAUCCACGAGGAAUUAUCAAUCUUUCGAUUACACAUCAACCUUCCGCAUUGUAGUAAUAUAUUAA